CCUUGAUGAUCUUGGAUGAUCUGCGCCGAGGCCUCGAAAAACAGUCGUCGCAUCGACCAAGGUGCUUCGAGUCGAGCCCACAAAGGUAGAGGCAUCCUGUUUUGUUUCGCCAAUAUCUGUCCUUCUCCACUCCGUCCCACGAUACGCAAAGCCCAGACAGAACAAGAGCGAAGCGCUUCCCAUCGGCGACUACAAAAUACGAGGUCUAUACUGCGGCGCGCAUGAGGACAACGAUUAUCUCGUUAUGAAGAACUGGCUAUUUCAGCUUGAACAACCCCCUCAUCCCCUCCGAAUUUCCAGGCUCUAGAACCAGACGGCCCAUACCGCUUCGUCCCAUCGGUGGAACAAGAUGGUCCUCUCCAACAGCAACAUCGUACAAGAGUAUGGGGUCCCUCUGACCCAACAAGGAGACCCCCACAACGCCAGUUUUCUUGCAAAAAUUAAGCAAGAAAUUCUGGCGAAUGGGAUUGUGCGCCCAAAAGGAUACAAUGUGUCGUGGCACGUCAAUCCAGAGAUUGAGAAGCAUCACUUUGGAAAUUCUCAUCCGAUGAAGCCUUGGCGCCUCACUCUCUCGAAAGGGCUCAUCAUGUCAUAUGGAAUGCAUGCUGCGAUGGAUACUUUUGUCACCAGGCAGGCAACUGAGGAAGAGAUGCGGGACUUCCAUACUGAAGACUAUCUCGAGUAUCUCAAGACUGCUAAGGUCGCUAUGCCUGAUGAUGACACGCCAAUGCCCUACAAUCUUGGAGGCUCUGAUUGUCCGGUUUUCGAAGGCCUGUUCAACUAUUGUUCAAUGUAUUCUGGCGCAUCCAUCGACGCAGCACGGAAGCUCUGUAACAACGAGUCUGAUAUCGCUAUCAAUUGGUCUGGUGGGCUACACCAUGCUAAAAAAGCUGAAGCCUCUGGGUUCUGUUACGCGAACGAUAUUGUAUUGGCAAUACUCCAGAUCUUGCGAAAGUAUCCACGAGUCUUGUACGUCGACAUUGACGUGCAUCAUGGAGAUGGCGUAGAAGAGGCAUUCUGGUCGACCGAUCGAGUAAUGACUCUCUCGAUUCACAAAUACGACGGAUUAAGUUUCUUUCCUGGCACUGGUGAUCUUGAGAGAACAGGACCACCCGAUGAAAACAAUCCCGGUGCUCACCAUGCCCUCAACGUUCCACUUUCUGACGGCAUCAAUGAUGAACAAUACAUAUGGCUGUUCAAAACCCUUGUAGGAAAAUGUGUCGAACGCUUCCGUCCCAACGCGAUCGUUCUACAAUGCGGUGCCGAUUCCCUCGCUGGAGACCGUCUCGGCCGCUUCAAUGUACAAGUCCAGGGCCAUGGAGCUUGUGUCGCAUACUGCAAAUCUUUAAAGAUACCUUUGAUGCUUGUUGGCGGAGGUGGCUAUACGCCUCGCAACGUCGCUCGAGCAUGGGCACACGAAACUAGUAUUGCAAUAGGGUGCGACCAAACAAUCGAUCCCAUCAUCCCAAUGCACACUCCUUACCGAUCUCAUUUCCGUCACGAGACCCUCUUCCCUACGUUAGAGCAAAUCCUUGGCGAUCCACGGCCGAACAGGAACACUCCGAAGAAACUCGACGAUAUAGUCCAACACGUCACAGAGCAGCUUCGAUUCGUGAAUGCAGCCCCUAGCGUCCAGAGUAUGCAUAUACCUCCAGAUCUCACUGGAUAUAAGGAGGAGGUAGAGCAAAGACUGAUGGAGGAGAGGGAAGAGCAUGAUGACAGCAUUAGGCGAGACAAAGAAGAAGGGCUGGGAGUAGCAAUGGAAUUCUAAAACGGAAGACCAUGAGAGGACGCUGUAGCUCUUUACUCAAAAGCGUGGCGUUUGGCGAUUUCAUAGAGUUGGUUUGGAUUUUGAGCAUUGCGGGGUUGUACAGAGGGCUUUACCUAUCGAAAGGAUAUAUGGGCUGGAGUUUGGAGGAGCCAUCUGUAUACGUAGCUUGUAUCUGCUAAUGAUAAGGUGAACAGAUCACUUU